AUGGUUGGCAAGGUCACGUUGCUUCGUGCAAUAGAGCAAGUUCAACGCGUCAUCAAGUAUUUUGGGUUGCAUGAUCAUUUGUGGCAUCAUUGCAUUUUGCAUGCUUGCCUGCAUGGUCACCUCGAUUCGUCAGCAACACCAAUACAAUCAACCGACCGUUUUUGGCUCAAUCGGCCAUCCUGGCCUGAUCUCCGAUCUCUUGGCCUUAUAAGCCCCCCAUCCCCUCCAUCCCAACACCACCAAGCCAUCUCCUCCUCCUCCUCCUCCUCCUCCUCUUACACAAGUGAUGGCAAAAGGAUCAAUGAAGAUCUUCCUGCUGGCAACCGCCGUCAUGGCGGGGGGGGGCUUGGACUCCCCCCCCCCAGCCAGUCAUCCUGCACCACCGCCCUCAUCAGCCUUGCACCUUGCCUGAGCUAUAUUUCAGGCAACUCCUCCGCUCCUACCUCUAGUUGUUGCUCCCAGCUUGCCACCGUUGUGCAAACGCAGGCUCAAUGUCUCUGCACGGUGCUCGGUGGAGGAGGAGGUAUAGCAGGCAUUACCAUUAAUCAGACACAGGCCUUAACUCUCCCUGGCGCUUGCAAAGUUAAAACUCCCCCUGUUAGCCAAUGCAAUGCUGCGGCAGGUGGCUCGAAAGGCUCUCCGUCGAGUUCCCCUCAGGCGGCGCCAAGCACUCCGACGACCCCAUCAACAACAAUUCCCAGCGUCAACCCUGCACCCGCAGAUUCCCCUUCAGGCAGCGGGUCGAAGUCAACGAAUGGUGACUCCUCUGAUGGAAGGAUGAACAAAUCGGCCAUGCCCAUCUUCUUCUCUGCUUUGAUCUUUGGCUUAUCUCUGGCCAGCUUCUUCUGAGUCAAUAAUUUGUUUAUGGAGUUUAGAUUUCAUCUAUUCAUCUGUGUGCUUCUGUAAUUCAUAUCACAUGUCUCUGUGCUUGAGGCUGCGUGUAUUUUAUCCAUUUUUAAGUUUAAUUCCUUCGUUUGUAAAAUUGAUAUUAUGUAUCAGAUUAUUGUCUGAGGAGGAUUGAAUAGUAAGAGAUUUAUUUUAUAUUUGCAAAA